AUGAGCCAAGAAGAACAAUCCAUGAAUCUUCAAAGUUACGGAAGCGGGGAUAGUAGGAUCGAUGAAACACAAUUUACACCCGAAGAACUCGAAAUUAUUAAAAAUGAACAACCAUCAUUUGACUUAAUGCAGAAAAUCAGUAAUUAUGUACCACGUCAAGAGAGGCAAGAAAGUAGUAAUAUCCAAGAUGACCAAAUUUCAAGCCAAAAUAGCCUUCAAUUAAAUAGUAACGAAUUUUCCGGAAUUCAAGUACAUAAUGAUUCAGAAUAUGAGCAAGCAAUACAGAAUUUCGAACAACCUCAAGAUGAAAGCGGAAAUUUCGUUUCAAUGUUUGGUGUUACCGAACCUGGCCAAGUUAAAAUAAAUUACACUGGCCAAGCCAACCUUGCGAUAGAGAAUACUUAUCCAUACCUCGAGCGCCCUCGUAUAGAAGGACAGGAAGGACAGGAGGAAGAAGAAGUUUCGAAUAUUCCUCUUGAGGAAGAGCUUUUGUCUUCUAGGACAAUGGCCCUUACUGUUAGUGCUCUCCUAGACAAUAUUAUGAAAGAAACAAAGCCAGAUUUAAGUUCCGAAUCUUCGAAAAUUAAUUUGACAGAAGAAAACAGCGCACGGCAAGAAGAAAAAGCAAAGAGAUUAGCUGCGCAAGCUUCUGCAGCCGAAAGAUUAUCAAAACCAAAACCGAAGAAAUUACCUCUCGAAGAAUUACCACAACCUAAAACAGCGAGAAAGCGAUCAAAGAAAGAGCAAGAGCUAGCAGCAGAAAGAUUAUCGAAAGGCCAUGCAAUUGCUCAAAUAGAUAUGCCAGAAGUAACUCCGAUUCCUUUUCAAUUACAAACAAGAAAACACAACCAACAAACAAAAAUCAAAGUCGUUAGAGCUGAAUCAGAAUCAUCUGCCCGUAGAAACGAAACUACUGCUAGAACGAAAACUGCAAGAUCAAACGAUCAAACAAGAUUUAAUCAGAAUAAUUUAUAUUACGAUGACCAAGCCUACGUCGAGAAAGCUCCAAAAGACUUUGUAGAUAUGCUUUCUGGCAAAACUCCUCGUCCAUCAACUUCUAUUAACCAAACUUACAAAAAACGAGAGGUUGAAAGUAGAUUUACCCACAAAGAAAUAUCAGAAAUGGUUGAUAAAAUCAUUAGUGGUAAGAAAAUGAAGAUCGAUGAUCCAGGAACGAUAGCAGAUGUUGUCAACGAACUUACUAACCGUAGAAUUGCAGCUCUGAACAAAAGUGAUUACUUGGAAAGCUUGAAAUUGCAGAAAUUGGCCGAUGAAAUGAAAACACAGUUCAGAUUAAGAGAUAGAGAACAAUUUCAUCAGGAUUAUAUGAAUGAUCUCAAUAGUAGAUUGGAAGAUGCCAAGAAAUCACUCAAAAAAGCAGAAGAAGAGUGGAAAGAUAAAGAAAAAGCUUUAAUUCAAGCUCAAAAAGAGAAUACAGAGAAAAUUGAACAGAAAAUGGAUGAUGAAAUGGAAGAUCUCGAGUAUAAAUGGCAAUGUCCAGAGACUACAAGGCGAUUUUCUAAGAAAUCUCCACAAUUAUUAAAUCAACAGUUUAUUGAGAAGAAUUUGGCUCUUAUUGGUGAUUUAGUUGGUGCCGCAAAGAUGCAAAAAGUCGUUCAGAAGACAGAAAAGAUCGAAGCUGAAUAUAAAUACAAUGAUAUGCAAUCAUCCUUCGAAAAAGAGCGUAAAAACUUAAUAGAUCAACAAGACCAAGCAUUAGAACAUCUUAAAAAUGCUCAAACUUUGGAGUUCUCCACAUUUACAAAGCAAAAAGAAGAAAGUAUUGGAAUAAUUAAGCGAAGAAUCGCUACAUACGAGAGAAUUAUCAACGAUGACAAAGAUAUUGACAAAUUCUGUGCCAGAAAAUUCAAAAGGAAUGCAGAUGUCGUAGUUCCAAUGACAGUUACAGCAAAUGGAGGAGAUGACAUCCCAACAAACGGAAAAGUAAGGGCAACACCUAUAAAUCUCAAUGGAAUAAUGAGUUUUAGAGAAGCUCCUGUAGCAAGCCCACUUCAAUUACCUACUCUCAAAAUAAAGAAAACCUCAAGAAAAGCAAGAGUCAAAAAACUGACAAACACAAAAGGUGACACUUCUUUCUGA